AUGUCGGCGCCAGCCAAGAUCGCCAAGCUCGAGAAGACGCUCAUCGAGAAGCCGGCCGACCCGAACCCCCUCCUCCCUCUCCUUGCGGCGACUCGGCAUGCCGACCCGGCGGUCGCGCACAAGGCUGCGUGGGCGGCGUACCGAGUCUUCGGCGCGCAGCUCGCCGCAGGGAGGGUGGGCGGCAUCACUGGCGAGAAGGGACCAGCAGCGGAGGCGAAGGAUGCGAAGGGAUGGAUCCGGGACCGGCUGCUCGACUUUAUCGGCAUCCUUGGCGGGAUGCUGUGCGACUCGGAGGCGGCGUUGAGGAUGUCGGCAUUGCAGCUCCUUUUCGGCCUGUUGCCGCCAGUGAGCGCGGCCGCGCGCGUGCCACUGCACAUCCCCUACUUCCGCAUGAUUGUGCGCGCUCUUCUCGUCCCCCAGCCGAGCCAGCGCGGCUCUGUUAAGGGCAAAAUCGAUGCCUCGACGCAGGAGAACGACGCGCGCGAGCUCGCGGCCGACGUGGUCGAGAAGGUGGUAGAGGAGUACUGGGCCGCAUAUGACGACCUGCGCCUCUUCUUCUUCCGUGAGGUGGCUUCCCUCGUGGCCGCCGAUGAGGUUGAGGUGGACGCUGUGAUGGCGCAGCUUGCACCGCUCACCAACCUCCCCAAGGCGCAGGCGGACAUCAACGCGUUCUUCGUACCGGGCCUCGAGACGGCGCCGGAGGACAGCGAGAAGAAGAGCAAGAAGGCCAAGACGGGCAAGGGCAAGAAGGGGAAGAAGGAGCUUGACGCUCUCCCGGAGUGGAUGGAGACGUACGACUCGGCGUCCUCGGACGACGAGGAGGUUGGCGGGAAGCGCAAGCGCGCGUCAGCCCUCGGUACAGCUGCAGCGGUACACAGCCUCGCGGCGCACACGAAUGCGUACACAUCUGCCUGGGAGGGCGUGCUCUCCCGGCCCCUCAGUGAGGCGUGGACACGUCGCGUCCUGGCGAGUCUGCACGGCGAGCGCGGCGUGCUCUCCCACUGGGCGCCGGCACGGCGUGUGCGUCUCGCCGACUGGCUCGGUGGCACGGUCGACGGCGGCGGCGCGCACGCCCUACUUGCCAUGAACGGCCUGUUUGUGCUCAUGACCCUGUACAAUCUCGACUACCCGCGCUUCUACGAGCGGCUGUAUGCCCUUCUCGACGGCGAGGUGCUGCACGCACGCUACCGUGCGCGCUUCUUCCGCCUGCUCGAUACGUUCCUGCGCUCGCCAAUGCUCGGAGCGGCGCUCGUGGCGGCGUUCAUCAAGCGCCUCGCACGGCUUGCUCUCUCCGCACCACCCGCCGGUGCAAUCCUGGUGAUCCCGUUCGUGUAUAACCUCUUCAAGCGGCAUCCAGGGACCAUGCCCAUGCUCCACCGGCUGCCAGACGACAUGGAGAGCGACCCGUACGACGAGAAUGAGCCCGUUCCUGGCAAGUCUAAGGCGAUCGACAGCUCUGUGUGGGAACUUGCGGCGCUCAAGAGCCAUUACCUCGCUAGCGUGGGGACAAUGGCUAAGAUCUUCAGCGAACAGUUCACAAAGCCAGAGUUCAACCUUGAAGAUUUCCUCGACCACGGAUACGGCACUCUCUUCGAGACAGAAACUAAGCGGCGCAUCAAGAACGCUCCGGCACUCAGUGUACAGCUCGAGCUGGGACAGCCGGCCGAUAUUGCGCCGUUGUUCCCUUCGGCAGGACAGGAGGGCGAGCGCGAUGGGGUCAGCGAGCUCUGGGCCUUUUAG